AUGGUUGUUUGGAACAUACGUGGGGCUUCUCGUAAGGAUUCUCUAAGAUAUCUACAAAAGAUUUGCAAAGCUAAUGCACUACGGUUUGUGGUACUUCUGGAACCUAUGUCGGAUACGCCGCAGCUUGAGGUGGUACGUCGAUUCCUAGGGUUUGAUAAAGCGGCGGCAGCAUUGGAAAAUAAAGUAUGGGUGUUUUGGUGCAAUGAGAUGUCAUUGUGUUUCAGGGAAAUGGCUGAGCAGCUACUCCAUAUGUGCAUUAACUUUCCUUCCGGAUGCUCUAUCCAACUUUCGGUCGUUUAUGCACGGUGCUCAAGGGUUGGGCGACGUGAGCUGUGGGCAGCUAUGGAAGAAUUGAUGGGUACUGUUAGGGGGCCUUGGUUGGUGGCAGGGGAUUUCAAUGUCAUUUCCAAUGCGGAGGAGCGUACGGGAGGGUCCCCGGCCAAUGCACGGAACAUGGAGGAAUUUAAUGCCGCUAUUGGCACCUGUGGCUUGGAGGAGGUGCCUUUUGAUGGGUCGUUAUUUACAUGGACGAAUGGUAGAGUGUGGCAGAGAUUGGAUAGGGCUUUAAUGAAUCGGGAUUGGGCUGAUGGGUACGCGCUUUCUCAUGUUUCGCAUUUGUCCAGAGGACGAUCGGAUCAUGCUCCGCUGUUGAUUACUGCCCAUAGUGCGAGCCACCAGAAAAGUUCUUUUAAAUUUUUAAAUGUAUGGCAGCGACAUACAGGUUUUAUGGAUGUGGUUCGUCAGGGCUGGGCGAUGCCCGUGGAGGGGGUGGGUAUGCCAAAAUUUUACAAUAAAUUGCGGGCAGUAAAAUGUUGUUUGCAAGCAUGGAAUGUACAGGUCUUUGGUAAUAUUUUUAACAAAGUGAAGGAGGCUGAGGCUGUUUUGAAACAAAGAGAAGCACGGUUUGAUAACGAGAGGGAUUCUGCUUCUCGGGCUGCCUUGGAGGAGGCAAAAUCGUUAUAUGCAAGGAGUUUGGCGUGGGAAUGUGAGUAUUGGAGACAGAAGGCGGGCAUCAAAUGGUUGCAGGUUGGGGACGCUAAUUCGGCGUACUUCCAUUCUCGAUGCCGUCAGCGCCGAAGCUAUAAUUUUGUGGCCCGUAUUAAGGAGCAGUCUGGAGCAUGGUUGGAGGAUAUACAUGAUAUUAGACGGUCAGCAGUGGAGUUCUUCUCUUCCUUGUUUGCUUCUGACCACCACGGCUGUCUCUCUCCAGGACUUCCUUUUGCACUUCCCCAAUUAACCUCGGCAGAUAAUGCCAUGUUAGGUGCCUUGCCUGAAUUGGAAGAACUAAAGAGGGUGGUUUUUGCAUUGGAAGCAGACAGUGCUCCGGGCCCGGAUGGGUUUGGGGCAGGUUUUUAUCAAGUUUGUUGGGAUAUUAUUAACACUGAUUUAUUGGAGGCGGUCUAG